AUGGCCGCUUAUAUCGAAGUCAGCCCGAUGCGCGAAAUGGCAACUCCUGUUCCUGAACUGGUCUUUUCCCUGGCCAAUGCCCAGAACAAAAAUAAAGGCAUUUUCUUUGACUCAGACAUACAAUGGAAGAUGCGAAAGGGUAACAACAAAGAAGAACGGAAAGGGGGCGAAUAUUUUAAGUCUUGCCAUACGACUCGAAUGGUUGUGGGACAGGGAGAACGAGUACGGUCAUCGACCCGUUUGGCGAACGUCGAUGAUGAUUUGGCUCUCAGCGACUCUCUUGUUGUAGACCUCAUGUUCAAGGCCGUUUACCACAGCCUAAUUGACGAGGUCCUAAUAUGGCUGGCCAAUGUUGGCUUGCUACGAAGGGUGUGA